CGCCGCGCCCCGGGAGGUGCGCCGGGCAGAGCCGCCGUGACGUCACGGCGCGGUUGCCAUAGCGACGCCUGGGGUCGCACCUGACGGCUGUCGCGAAGCAGCGGGAGGAGAACGAGGGAAGGAGGAAGGGGGGAGUCGGGCCCGGGCCACCCCCGGGCCUGCGGGGAGUUGCCUCUGCGCCCCCCCGCCCGCCGCGCUCCGCCCCGCCGCAGCCGGAGGCGGCAGCAGCAGGAGGAGGAGGCGGCGCUGCCGCCGGCUAUGUAGGGCCCCGGUGCGGGCGGAUCCGGAGGCCGCUGCCCGCCUCUGGAGCGCGGCGCCGGGGCCGGGCCCGGCGGGAUGUUCUCCAAGAAGCCGCACGGGGAUGUGCGGAAAUCCACGCAGAAGGUGCUGGACACCCGCAAGGACCCGCUCACCCGCCUCAAGCAUCUGCGCGUCCUCAUCGAGAAUGCAGAAUCGAUUGAUCUCAAACAGUUUUUUGAUCUACAUUUCUCACAUAUAUAUUAUGUGUUCUUUGAAAACUUUGUGACUAUUGAAGUAGGUCUGAAACAAAAAGGUCACAAGUCUCAGAGAGAAGAAUUAGAUUCUAUUCUUUUUAUUUUUGAGAAAAUAUUGCAACUCCUUCCAGAAAGGAUUCAUCAGAGAUGGCAAUUUCAUAGUAUUGGGUUGAUUUUAAAGAAGCUUCUUCAUACUGGAAAUUCAUUAAAGAUACGUCGAGAGGGUGUGCGUCUCUUUCUGCUGUGGCUGCAAGCACUUCAGAAUAACUGUAGUAAAGAACAACUAUGGAUGUUUUCUUGCUUAAUUCCUGGAUUUUCAUCACCACAAUCUGAAUAUGGUCCCCGAACACUAGAUAAUCUCAUUAACCCUCCUCUCAAUGUUCAAGAAACUCAAGUGACUAUAGAGGAAAUCACUCCACUUGUUCCACCUCAAUCUGGGGAUAAAGGACAAGAAGACUUAACAAGCUAUUUCUUGGAAGCGCUUCUGAAAUACAUCGUAAUUCAGGUUAAGAGUUUAGAAUGGAAGAACAAAGAAAACCAGGAAAAGGGAUUUUCAUUUUUAUUCUCAAAUUUUAAGAAAUAUUACUUACCUUCUAUCUUCCCAAACAUCUGUAAGGAGACCAGCUUAUAUAACCCUAUACUUGAUAUACCACAGAUGAGACCAAAGCCACACUACGUAAUGGUUAAGAAAGAUGCUGAAACCAAUGAGGCAAUAUAUUGCACAAAGGAACCUUUUAUUAAGGCUCGUGUUAUUGUCAUUCGGUGGUUGGUGUCUUUCUGGCUUGAGCCAAAACCCCAUACAGGACCUCAUAUUCCUGGGAUUGAAGGUGAAAAUGUGCCAAAGAAUAUUCAGAGAGCAGCUGCUAGCAUGGCUUCAAGAGAAGACAGCAAAAAUGACAAUACUGACAAACAGGAUAGAAAUGCAGAGCCAGAACAAUCGCAUUCUAAUACAAGUACUCUAACAGAGAGAGAACCAAGUUCUUCUAGCCUCUGCAGUAUUGAUGAAGAACAUUUAACUGAUAUUGAAAUCGUCCGCAAAGUCUUUUCUUCUAAAAGAAGUAAUGUUAAUUUUCUAACUGAGAUUUUUCGACAGGCAUUUCUGUUGCCAAUAUGCGAAGCAGCUGCCAUGAGGAAAGUGGUAAAGGUAUAUCAGGAAUGGAUUCAGCAAGAAGAUAAGCCUUUAUUUAUGAAAGAAUCUGAAGAAGUAAUGCAGUGUGCAACUGUAGAUUGUGAUGAAAGUGUUGUAGACCGCAAUUCAUCAGAGAAAGCAAAAGAAAGAGAAGAGGAAAAAGCUAUGAACUGUAGUCAUGUUAGGAACUCAAACUGGGCAAGAAAUGGCUGUUACCAAGAGACUUUGCAUAAACUAUCUGAGAUUGAUACAGAAGAGCAAAAUGUACGAGCUGGAAUGCAGUCAGUAUUACAGGUUUUUAUAAUAAAUUCUUCAAACAUAUUCUUUCUUGAGCCUGCAAAUGAAAUUAAAACUCUGUUGGAUGAACAUACUGAUAUGUGUAAACGGAUUCUUAAUAUCUACCGUCACAUGGUAGUUCAAGUUACUAUGGACAAGAAGACCUGGGAACAAAUGCUACUUGUGCUGCUCAGAGUUACUGAAUCUGUGCUGAAAACACCACCCCAAACUUUCUUGCAGUAUCAAGGAAGAAAAAACUCCACUUUAGCAGGAAGACUUGCGGGACCUCUUUUCCAGACUCUUAUAGUAGCUUGGAUCAAAGCAAAUCUAAAUGUGUACAUCUCUCGAGAACUUUGGGAUGACUUACUGUCUGUCAUGUCAUCACUGACAUACUGGGAAGAGCUGGCCACUGAGUGGUCACUGACAAUGGAGACCCUAACUAAAGUGUUAGCCAGAAACCUGUACAGUCUGGACCUCAGUGACCUGCCAUUGGAUAAGUUAAGUGAGCAGAAACAGAAAAAACACAAAGGCAAAGGAGUUGGGCAUGAAUUCCCCAAGUCUUCAGUGGAUAAGUCCUUUUCUAGAGGCUGGAGCCGUGAUCAGCCUGGACAGGCGCCAAUGAGACAACGGAGUGCUACAACCACUGGAUCUCCAGGAACUGAAAAGGCAAGAAGCAUAGUGCGGCAGAAAACUGUUGCCAUGAGAAGCCGAUCCAUUGGUGAAUGUGCUCUGCCAUCGGCCUAUAUACGCAGUGCUAAAAGUGCUCCUGUUCUGAUCCAUACUUCCAAACCCUUCUUGCCUGAUAUUGUUCUCACUCCCCUUUCUGAUGAGCUUUCAGACAUUGAUGAUGCUCAAAUUCUUCCACGUCCACCUCGAGUCAGACAUUUUUCACAGAGUGAGGAUGCUCCAAGUGAAGUUUUUGGUGCAUUAAAUGAGGAACAACCACUGCCACGAAGCAGCAGCACCUCUGACAUCUUGGAACCAUUCGCAGUUGAACGAGCCAAAGGUGCAGUUCCUGUCAUUGAAAGUUCAUCCCAUCAUGCUCCAAGUUUACAAAGUUCCACUGAGACCUCUUCAAUGCAUAGAUCCACUGAAAGCCAUAUUACCGAUUCAAAUAGCAGAGAGUCCUCCUUGGAAGUUGGGGAUAGUAUUUAUGACCAUCUUUGUCAUUUAAUAGGGCCAGUAGAAUUUGCAAACACAACCUUUGAACAAAACCAGUAUGUUGACCUUGAAGGUGAAGAUGAUCUUCUUUCCUCUCUGAGAGAAUAUCUUAAAGAAAAAGAAGAACUUUGCGGUAACUUUGAGAUAGAUGAAUGUGAGGCUGCUGCUCAUGAAGGUGAUACAUCAGUAAAUAGGAAUGAUAGAUUACCACUGGAUGGAUUAGAAAAUAGUGAUCAGACUGGUCAAUGCACGAAUAGCGUCACUGUUACAGAAAGACCUGAUAACCCAGAGCUGCACCUAGAACAAAACCAAAGUGGCUUUAUAAGUAAUAUUGCACCUGCUCAAAUAGACAUUUUUGCAAGAAAUGAAGCACUCGAUAAAGUCAGACAGUUAAAUAUUGAUAAACAGUGUGAAAGUCUGUUUGAUCAUGGGCCAAGUAGUCCUAGCAUCAAAGAAGGAAAAAGAUAUCUGUACAGACAAGCAGCCACUGAAGCUGAUGUAGAUUCAGCCAUGGAAGCAGCAUUAGCUGAAAAGCAUAAAAGUGCUCAGUUUAACGACAAAAUAACCAACUCACGUGUUAUGCAUGCAAAGAAAAUUCUUCCUAAAGCACAAGUUAACCCUCAAAUGCCUCACAUCACAGGUACAAGCAAGCUGUCACCAACUAAAAGAAGUAUAUCUGAAACAGUAACUCAUAGGGCCAAAAUCAUGAAAAUAACAGCUAAAAAAAGAAAUAGCGUUCAUGUAACUUUUAGACCAUCUACAGAAUCAGUUCAGUUUUACAAUCCUCUUGAGAACAAAGAGGCUGCAUGGAAAGCAAGACUUCGUAAACUUAGUGGCUUCAGUGGUAGUGGUAGUGGUAGCAGCAACAGCAGUAGCAGUACAAGCAGCAGCUCGUCAGCUGCCAUGGAGCUGGUUAGACCUGGAAUAUAUAGACCUCUAGAUGCAAUCAAUGCUGCUUCACUUAGUAGCAAGCAAAGUAAGGAAAUUACAGAAACUCAAACAGCCAUGCUGCAAAAGGAAGCUAUUGCAGUUAAUCAGUUCCAUAAUCGUAGUGCAUUUAGAUCAUCAGGUCAGGAGUCAGCGCAACAGCAGGGCUCCCUGGGUGGUGUUUAUAAAACUGUUGUACAUGCUCUUUCGAAGCCGAAGGCAAAUGUUUCCCCACAGAGGCAGAACAGAAUGCCAGCAGAGGCUCCACUGAGGGAUCUGUACAGUCAUGUAAUGGGCUAUUUUGGAAGGAGAGCUGCAGCUAAUAGAGAGGACAUGAGUCAAAAGCUGCACCCUAUUGAUAGUGAUAUUGGCAGUAGCAAUACAAAUGUUCCUGACCUCAUGGAUGAAUUUAUAGCUGAGAGACUCCGCAGUGGUAGUACACUGAAUGUGACAAGGCGAGGAAGCAGUCCUGGCAGCCUGGAAGUUCCAAAAGACCUUCCUGAUGUAUUGAACAAACAGAACCAAAUGCGCCCUAUAGACGACCCAGGCGUGCCUUCUGAAUGGACAUCACCUGCUAGCGCAGGCAGCAGUGACCUCAUCAGUUCAGAUAGCCACUCGGACUCGUUCAGUGCCUUUCAGUAUGAUGGACGCAAAUUUGAAAGUACACUUACAGCGACUAAGCAGAAUACAGGACAUGCAAUAGGAAUGUCUCCUCCAGAAGUUCAGUCGCAGUUUUGUGACAGAAAUGAGAAUGUCCAUAAUAGCCAAUUACUUUCUGCUUUUACAUCUUAUGUAAAUUGUGCAACAGUGUGUUGGAAGCAUAGGAGAUGUACAUACAAGUUUUACAUGGAGGAUUUUGGAGAUUUCAGCUUUGGCACAGAGGCAGGGACACCAGCUUCCACUGAUGCUGAUGCAAUUUCAGGACAACAUCAGAGUGCUGAGGAACAAGAAGUAGCCAGUCUAACUACACUCCAUAUAGAUUCGGAAACAAGUAGUUUGAAUCAGCAACCGUUGUCUGUUGAAGCUGCAACUGUUACUGGCUCUGAAAGUGCUUCUCCAAUCCAAUCUGCUCUUGGAUCCCGAUCACAGACACCCUCUCCUGCCACUCUUCAUGCAGAUCAUAUUGAGCAGAAGGAUCUGCAACUGGAUGAGAAGCUCCACCACUCUGUUUUGCAGACGCCAGAUGACCUAGAAACUAGUGAAUUCCCCUCAGAAUGUUGCAGUGUUAUGGCUGGGGGAACGCUUACAGGAUGGCAUGCAGAUGUUGCUACUGUGAUGUGGAGACGAAUGUUGGGAAUUUUAGGAGAUGUCAACAGCAUCAUGGAUCCAGAGAUUCAUGCCCAGGUUUUUGAUUAUCUGUGUGAACUGUGGCAGAAUCUGGCCAAGAUAAGAGACAAUCUUGGUAUUUCAACAGAUAACCUCACUUCACCAUCUCCACCAGUUUUAAUCCCACCACUGAGAAUUCUAACACCUUGGCUGUUCAAGGCAACAAUGCUGACUGAUAAAUAUAAACAAGGAAAGCUACAUGCUUAUAAACUUAUUUGUAAGACAAUGAAGCGAAGACAAGAUGUAUCUCCCAACAAGGAUUUUUUAACUCAUUUUUACAAUAUAAUGCACUGUGGACUUCUUCAUGUUGAUCAGGAUAUUGUCAAUACAAUCAUCAAGCACUGCUCUCCUCAGUUCUUUUCACUUAGUUUGCCUGGUGCCACCAUGCUUAUUAUGGAUUUCAUUGUAGCAGCAGGAAGGGUGGCAGCUUCUUCUUUUCUCAAUGCACCAAGAGUUGAAGCGCAAGUUCUUUUAGGAUCUCUUGUCUGUUUUCCCAAUUUAUAUCAUGAACUACCAGCUCUUCACCCAAACAUUCCUGACAUAGCUGUAUCUCAGUUUACAGAUGUUAAGGAGCUCAUAAUUAAAACUGUGUUAAGUUCAGCCAGAGAGGAGCCAUCUGGUCCAGCACGAUGCGUUGCUCUUUGCAGCCUUGGUAUUUGGAUCUGUGAGGAGCUAGUUCAUGAAUCUCAUCAUCCUCAGAUCAAGGAAGCCUUGAAUGUGAUUUGUGUUUCUUUAAAGUUUCCAAAUAAAACAGUAGCUCAAGUUGCCUGCAGUAUGCUGAACAUGCUGAUACAUUAUGUGCACAGACUUCAAGUGUAUCAAGCUGAUUCACCUUUAAGAAUUAUUCAAAUUCUGAUAGCAACAAUUACCCAUCUGCUACCUGGUACAGAAGCUUCAUCCUAUGAACAGGACAAGAGGUUGGUAGUUUCCUUACUUCUGUGCUUAUUGGAUUGGAUAAUGGCCUUGCCAUUAAAGACCUUGCUGCAGCCUCUUCACGCUACAGGAGCAGAAAAUGAUAAGACUGAGAGAUCUGUUCUCAAUUGUAUUUAUAAGGUUCUACAUGGAUGUGUCUAUGGAUCUCAGUGUUUUAGUAACCCCAAAUAUUUUCCCCUAAGUCUUUCUGAUUUGGCAUGUGUGGAUUAUGAUCCUUUUAUGCAUUUAGAAAGCUUGAAGGAGCCAGAACCACUGCAUUCUCCAGACUCGGAGCGUUCUUCUAAACUUCAACCAGUCACCGAAGUGAAAACUCACAUGCAACAAGGAUUAAUUUCUGUUGCUGCUCGUACUGUGAUCACACAUCUAGUCAACCACUUAGGCCACUAUCCUAUGAGUGGAGGACCUGCUAUGCUAACUAGUCAAGUGUGUGAAAAUAAUGACAAUCCAUACAGUGAAAGUCCUGAACUUUCUCCGGAACUUUUUGAGAAUCCAAACCUUCAAUUCUUUGUGUUAAACAAUACUUCCUUGGUGUCUUGCAUACAAAUCCAAGCAGAAGAUGACAUGCCUGGGGGAGGACUGUCUGCUGGACUUGCAUCUGCUAAUUCAAAUGUCAGAAUUAUAGUGCGUGAUCUGUCUGGCAAAUACUCAUGGGACUCAGCCAUUUUGUAUGGACCGUCAUCCUUAUGUGCAUCUUCACAACAAACAUCUUUUGCCCUUUCAUUAUCUCAACAAGAGAAAACUGAAGAUCCUCUUUCUUCUUUUGAGCAUGUAGAAGAUAUAUCUGCAAGGGAUGGAAUUACACUCCAAGUAAAAAAGAAAUUCAGAGACACUGUACCAACAUGGGAUACAAUUAGGGAUGAAGAAGAUGCCCUUGAUGAGCUCUUGCAGUAUUUAGGUGUUACAAGCCCUGAAUGCUUACAGAGAACUGGAGUCUCACUCAACAUUCCUGCUCCCCAACCAGUCUGCAUCUCAGAGAAGCAGGAGAAUGACGUCAUCAAUGCAAUUCUGAAACAGCACACAGAAGAAAGAGAGUUUGUUGAAAAACAUUUCAAUGAUUUAAAUAUGAGGGCUAUGGAGCAGGAUGAGCCAACAUCACAAAAGCCCCAGUCAGCAUUUUACUACUGCAGACUACUUCUCAGUAUACUGGGAAUGAAUUCUUGGGAUAAAAGAAGGAGCUUUCAUCUCCUGAAGAAAAAUGAGAAGUUACUUCGAGAGCUCAGAAAUUUGGACUCAAGACAGUGCCGAGAGACCCACAAGAUUGCAGUGUUUUAUGUUGCUGAGGGACAAGAAGAUAAACACUCCAUUCUUACUAAUACUGGGGGAAGUCAAGCCUAUGAGGAUUUUGUAGCUGGCCUUGGUUGGGAGGUAAAUCUCACAAACCACUGUGGUUUUAUGGGAGGACUGCAAAAAAACAAAAGCACUGGAUUGACUACUCCAUAUUUUGCUACCUCAACAGUAGAAGUAAUGUUCCAUGUGUCAACAAGAAUGCCUUCUGAUUCGGAUGACUCUCUAACAAAAAAGCUGAGACAUUUAGGAAACGAUGAAGUACACAUUGUUUGGUCAGAGCAUACUCGAGAUUAUAGAAGAGGAAUAAUUCCAACAGAAUUUGGUGAUGUUCUUAUUGUUAUCUAUCCCAUGAAAAACCAUAUGUUUAGUAUCCAGAUCAUGAAGAAGCCUGAGGUCCCAUUUUUUGGUCCACUCUUUGAUGGUGCUAUUGUGAAUGGAAAAAUUCUUCCUAUUAUGGUUCGUGCAACAGCUAUAAAUGCAAGCCGUGCGUUGAAAUCGUUAAUCCCUUUAUACCAAAACUUCUAUGAGGAGAGAGCACGAUACCUGCAAACAAUUGUUCAGCAUCACCUAGAACCUACAACUUUUGAGGAUUUUGCUGCUCAGGUUUUCUGUCCAGCACCUUACCACCAUUUUCCCUCAGAUGCAGAUCAUUAAAUAUCAGUUCUGUUUAUCUGAAGGUAAGACAAAGUGUCCAAAAAACCCUUUGUUCCUAUUACUUUUACUAGAGCACUAAGCUUGUAACCAGAUUGUAUGCAAACUUUCCUUGUUGCCCUUGUUCACACUAAAAAGAAUUUCACACUGAUUGAGAAAUGACCACUACAUCUUCUUAAAGUUUUAGUCUUUUACUAACCUCAGGUCUGCAUGAAGCACUAACACUGGUUCUGGGAUUAAGGUAACUAAUGGUAGAGACAGUUGUUGAAUGAGUAACACUUUAUUGUAUUGACCUUCGUUUCUCAGCAUGAACAAGUAGUACUGAAUGGCAGUGGUGUGUUUUGUACCCUGUACUGUCUUUCAUUGAUGUUGUAAGGCAUUCUGCAGUGAUAACAUAGGAAAGAAGGAGAAGAAGAAUGUGUAACACUUGAAAUUCUCAAAUAAAUCAAAGUGCUAUUGUGGAAAAGCUGUAAAUCUAAAUAAAAUGCAUUUUGUAAGAAUUAAUUAAUUUGGUAAGUUAUUAUCUCAAAAUUUGUUUCUUAAUUGAUAAAAUAUGCAGAAAUAAGUUUCAGAAUUACAAAAGCAUUCUGACGAGGUCUGCAGACUGAGAGAUGUUAAAACAGAGAGAUUCUUUUGUGUGUAAGUAUAAACCAUGACUAGAAGUUAGUUUCGGAGUGUAAGUGGCAGAGCUAUCCCAGUGUAAAUAAUCAAAACCAAGGGGAAACUAAAUUAAAAGGCAGUAAUUUAAAACUAAUUAAAUUAGUUCAAAGAUAGUAACAUAAUUUAAUGUAUGACAGCAUUUGAAUAGGAAGAAUCUGUAACUGGAAACUUUAAAAACAAUGACCAGACACACCAAUCCUUGCCACUUUUCCUACCUAUUGCACUCAGUAUGUAUUCAGCAUCAGACACUCAUAGUGCAUAGUCUAGUGUGCUUGUAUCAGUUCUGCCUGUUCACUUUUAGAAAUCUCAUUUCAGGCUAAGUGGUUCUGUGUUCUUCAUCUAGCUUAUUCUUUCAGGGAGAAGCAAAGCUACUUCUCCCCAUUGCACCAAACUAAUACAGGGCAUUGCUCCACAUGGCAAUUCCUGUGUUCCCUUAAAAAUUGUCUGAGUCAUACUUGCUUACUCUAACUUCUGAAUUCUGAAAAAAAAAAUUGAUUUUUGUCUUAAGCUUUCUCUCCCAUGUAACGUUUUUCUGCAGAAAUCUCAUUAAUAGGAAUCUGUGAUGCAUUUCACAUCAGAGUGAAUGCGCAUGUUUACACUCCACAAAAUGUGAUGCCUUGUCCUAAGGGAGAUGUUCUCCUGGACUUUGUGCCAUAUAGUGGCAGUCAUCUCCCAAGCUUGAUUCAUCUGGAAACCACCAGUUUCCAGUUCUAAUGAAGAUAUACCUGUGAGUAGGGUAAAUGCAGAUGACCCUCAAUUUUGAAGGACCAUGGUCCUAAGAAAGAUUCCACCAGGUUUCUACUUUCCAUGGAUCUGGCAACUCUUGAAAGAUGAGUGUGGAGGUCUGACUUGUUCCAGGACUGCACAAAGGAGUGGCACUGGAGUCCUGCCUGGGCAUCUGCACACAUUCAUUGCACCCAGAAUGACUCAAAACUUUGCAGGCUACCUGCCAGAUGUUUUCACAGCACCUGAAAAUUUCUGACCAGUUUCUAAAAUUAUGUUGCAGUUAUUUUUCAAAAUUAAAAAUAUUUUGUCUGCUUUUUAUGAAGAAAGACCAGAAAUAACCAGAAAAUAUUUCCAUAUGUUAGACAUCACAGACUUGAAUGUUUACUUGGAUCAUGAUUUCAAAGCUUAUAGUUGUUGAAUAUCUUCAAUUUUUAUAAAUAAUACUACAUACAUAUAAUUCCUUACUCUGGGACAGAUAUAAGGAAGCAGUGAAGCUACAAAAGCCCACCACCAGGCACUGUAAAUUUUGUUGUGAUCCUAUCAGCCACUUUCAGCAUGCCAUGUUUUUCAAUUAAUCUAUGACAACUGGCCAAUAGAGAACAUGCUGUUCAGUGACAGUGUACUUUUUCUGUUUAUGAAAGCUUCAAUCAUCAACAAAAACUGUUUCCUUCCUUAAAGUGGUUGCUCAUUGAUACAAUGUUGUUUUGGCAGCUGCUGUUUUGUCUAGAUAUGUAAGUUAUCCUGUCAAAAUAUCUGCAAAAUCCCCCUCCCCAUGCUUAGGAAUUUGACUGGUGUAAUGUAUGUAUGCUUUUUUUUUUUUUUUUUAAUUGAGAGUUACCUCUAUUUAGUCACAGAAUGUAAUUCAUUUGCUACUCCAUUUUUUACUUUUUGCUGUCUCUAAAGAAAGAGUAACUGCAAACUAAGAUUUCCUACUAUACAGCUAUUGAGUAAACCCAAUUUCUGUGACACCAGAGUAGUCCAAGGAAACUGUCAGUAACAAGCUCAAUGAUAUUGAAGGGCUUAUUGACCUCAUGAUGCUAAGAUUCUGAGUUUUAAAUUGUAUUGAUGAUUUACUUUUGGUUCUUCUUUGUGGUACUUUUUUUAACUCUCUCUGCUACCAUAAAUCGGACUGCAGUAUAGUAAACCUCAUAGAAAGGGAACCUCUCUGCUAUAGUGCCUUACUUGUGAUGCCAGCAGAAGACCUUUUGCUCUUAUUAAUCAUUCCUGUGUUUUCAAGUCAGAGCUCAGUACAGUUAUGCUGACUUACAUGUAGAGAAGUGGAGGAAUGUGGAGUCAGUGGUUCUUCAGCCUUGUACAAGAAGAUCUCACGUUCUAGAGCUUGUAUCAUCAUCCCUGCUGCUUGUUUGCUGGGUACCUUUGAAUGAAGAAUUUCAUAAUCUUUUUUAUCCUGUCUUAGCCCUUCACAGAUGAUGGUGGUGCUUUUCUCACCGCAUUGGUCUAACCACUGCUCUUGAUGAUGGUUGGAGUCUGUGAUUGAAAACACUCUUAAAAGCAAGAGUGUUUUAUGAAAGCUGUUUGUCUAGUAAGGCUGUGAAGAGUUUCUCAUUAUUCUUCUCCAGUCCAGUCUUAUUAUGAAUUUUUUGUACUUCCAAGUCAGAGCAAAACAACAGAACUUAAUAAAAUUUUCCAAAAAUUCCACAUUGGACAACUGAAACUGAAACAUUAAAUGUUUCUGAAUAGCUAUUGACCACUUUGGUCAUAGUAAGCUGACAAUCCUCAGCACUUUGAAGCAGUAAAUUCAGUGUAGACUACAGCAACCUGAUCUAGCUUAGAUGUCCCUGUUCACUGCAGGGGAGUUGGACUAGAUGACCUUUAAAGGUCCCUUCCAACUCAGAUGAUUCUGUGAUUCUCUGACUGCUGGAGUCCCAAACAAAUCAACUUCAUACGUUUACUGGCGUUUACUGAAAAAAAUGUAAUAUGGUUGUCCAAUUAAAAAAAUACAUAUAUGUACCAAGGGAUGAAAUUAAAACAGCAUGUACAAUUCUAAUUCUGGUAUUUCCUAGCUUUUGAACAUUUGACUUUAUAGAUCAAUUGUUUUGUAACUACAUGUAAUGUGUAGGUUUUU